AUUUUCAAAUUUUAAAAAUUACUGCUGUUACUUUAUUAUGUUUAUUGAAAUUUUUGCCAAUUUGUACAGAUAAUGUUAACGAAACACACUAUCUUUAAUUUUAGAAAAGCAAUCAUCAUCAAAAGAAAAGUCAACCAAUUGCUCAAGACAUUGAUAAAUUCACAAAAGAAUCAUUACAAAUACAUAAUGAUUUAAGACGUAAACACGGAGCAGCGUCGCUUACAUUAAAUCACGAUUUAUCAAAACUUGCUCAACAGUGGGCUGAACAUUUGGCAAAUAUUCGAGGAUUAGUUCACAGUAAAACAAAAUAUCAAAAUAAAAAUGUUGGAGAAAAUCUGAGAUCACAAUCAUGGCCAAUGACGGGUAAAGAUAUGUCUGAAGCAUGGUAUUCAGAACAAGAAAAAUAUAAUUAUAAUGGUGACUAUCAAUAUGGGACAGGACAUUUUACACAAUUAGUCUGGAAUGGUACAAAAGAAGUCGGAUUUGGUCGAGCAACUGAUGGUAAUAUGUGGUACGGCGUAGCCGCCUAUUUUCCAGCUGGUAACUUUGUUGGUGAAUUUUCCAAAAAUGUUUCACCACCAAAAUUUUCAUAA